AUGGAUGAGGUUCAAUAUCCUGUUCCGGCUACGGCAGUAGCAUUGCCAUUGCUAGCAGCAAUUACAUUGAUCAUUGAUACUCCUCCUUUCAUUUGGCACGCCCGAAACAAGAACUUCCCAGCGGCGAGUCUUGUCUUCUGGAUACUUCAAAUCAAUUUCUUCAACUUUAUCAACGCACUCAUAUGGCCAACGGACGACAUAGCAAGAUGGUGGCAUGGCGAGAUUCUCUGUGAUAUCGAGACCAAGCUUUCCGCGGCCACUUACCUUGGGGUAGUUGGCUCCUUGAUUGGGAUUAUGCGCAAUCUUGCCUCAGUACUGGACACGAAAAACACCGUAAUAGCACACAGCGAAGCCCACAAGCCCUUGGUCAUUCACCGUAUCCGCAAAUAUCGUCGAGAAUUCUCAACUAUACUCAGCUCCUCCAAUUCUAAUCUGACAAAGAAUCGAUUUACACGUUUGUUCUGUAUGUCAAUGUCUCUGAUCAUUGUCAUCGUUCCAACGCAGAUUUACAACACAUAUCGCUUUGCAAUCGGGAUAAGGCUUCGCUACGACUGGGCACUUGUCCAUAGCAGCAAUUGGGGUGAUAUCAUACUUACGCCUACUGGAGGCUCAAUAAUCUUCGACCGCUGGAUCCAAAUCGCUUUCGGAUUUGUACUUUUCGCCUUCUUUGGUAUGGGCUAUGAUGCGCAAGAGAUGUACCGAAGGCGCAGCUCGAAAUACGGCUCAUCUUCUUCCUCGACUACUUUGUCGCCAGCCUCGGAAUAUAAACCGUUCGGCAAACUUUCUCCGAUAUCUGAGCACUCCAAAUUCACUCCUUCAGAAGUCACAAUGCCAGCAUCUGACGCCAACACUACCGGCUCUAUGAUUGCUUUGAGCGAGAUGCCGGUAGAACCAGCUGCAGCGCACUCGUCGACCUCUUGGCUUCAUACUUUCCUAAAGCAUGAGCAUCGUACCGCUCCAGAUCGUCGCAUGGCUGCCGGUCUGGGCAUCUUCGGAGCACCUACUCUGCCUAGAAAUGGAACUGGCGCAAGGCAGGACAAGCACUAUGGUGGCGACGCUGUCUAA